CAGGCUCCAGGUCUCCAUCAUCUUAACACAGAAGACCCUCCCUGCUUCCGCAUGCUCCAGAUCUCGUCCUUUGCCAAUCGAAGCUGGACACAAACCCAGGGCUCAGGCUGGCUGGGUGAGCUGCAGACUCAUGGCUGGGACAGUGUCUUGGGCACCAUCCGCUUCCUGUGGCCCUGGUCCCCGGGAAACUUCAGCAAGGAGGAGCUGAAGAACCUCCAGGCACUAUUCCAGUUGUACUUUCAUGGUUUUACCCUGGAAGUGCAGGCUUUUGCCAGUCAGUUUCAUUUUGAAUACCCCUUUGAGCUCCAGGUAUCAUUUGGGUGCCGAAUGCAUGCUGGGAAGACCACAGAAAGCUUCUUAAUGGGAGCAUAUCAAGGAUUAGAUUUCUUGAGUUUUGAUGGAAGUACCUGGGUGCCAUCUCCAGGAGCUGGGAGUUCAGCCCAGAAUGUCUGCAAGGUGCUCAAUCGGUACCGAGAUAUUAAAGAAAUUGUGCAGAGCCUUCUUAGUGACACCUGCCCUCGAUUACUAGCAGGCCUCCUUAAAGCAGGGAAGUCCGAGCUGGAACGACAAGUGAAGCCCCAGGUCUGGCUGUCCAGUGGCCCCAGUCCGGGUCCUGGCCGUCUGCUGCUGGUGUGCCACGUCUCAGGAUUCCACCCAAAGCCUGUGUGGGCGAUGUGGAUGCGGGGGGAGCAGGAGCAGCCGGGCACUCAGCGAGGUGACACCCUGCCCAAUGCUGAUGGGACUUGGUAUCUCCGAGUCACAGUGGAUGUGGCAGCUGGGGAGGCGGCUGGCCUUUCUUGCCGGGUGAAGCACAGCAGUCUAGGAGGACAUGAUAUCAUCAUCCACUGGGGUGGACACUCCAUCCUCCUGAUACUGAUCUGUUUGACUGUAAUGGUUACUCUAGUCAUGCUGAUUGCAGUUGACUCAGGGUUUAAAUAUCAGAGUCCUGCCUUCCCCACAGGGACCAACACCCAGGGCCCCAAGAAAUCAGGGCCUCUCUGCUUGGCACAAGAGUCGGGGAUCGAAAACAGAUUCUUGAAGAAGUGGAAAAUGAGAUUACACCAACUCUGGUGACAUUAGUUUUACCUUAAAUAUGAAAUCCUUAUCUGUUUCUUAAACAUGGUCAUCCUAAUCAAGAUAGUAUGAUUUUAUUAAGACGGCUAGUUCUAGCAAAUGUAUUGAUUCCCUUGAAAGUCUGUUUUUCCAUCUUUAGUAAUGUUUUCUCUGCUUUGGUCACACAUUCAUUGCUACUAGUUCUUCAAAUUGUAACUCAGAUGUCUCUUUCUCAUAGAUGUUUUCCUGAAUUGCCUGAUUGAAAGCUCUCUUAUAC